AUGAAUUACAAUCGUUUUUGCGUCAUUUUUUCUAUAUUCGUCUCACAAAUCUACUGUGAACUAGAAAAACAAUCAAAUGUCUCAUCUAAUGCUCAGCCAGUCGCUGAAGCAACAAUAAUCGAAGUGAGGAGAGAAACACAUGAAGCUGCCGUAAAUGAAGCCAUUAAUGAUGCUCCUCAUGCACAAGUUGAUCGUCGUAGUGUAGCUGAUGAUGAUGAAGCUGCCGUAUUGUUGAAGCAGACGGUUGACGAUCCAGAAAACAGUAGUGUUGCACUGGAUACACGCCAAAAGCGACGCACAGUUCGCAAGAUGACCAAAGCUCGAACUAAGAGCCAGAAACAUAAGAACACGCCACUAUCAUCAAAUGGAAUUCAAUAA